UCGCGCUUCAGUAGUCGACAGGCGGUGAUUACAAACAGAGCGAAAUUGCACACAUGAAUGACAGCAGCUGAAAUGUGAAAGUGAGAACGGAAAAAAACUACAAGUGGUUUUAAAAUUAAAGGAUGUCUUUAAAGGUUGUCAAAAGUUCCACAAUGGCGUUGAAAAACCAAAGAGUUACAUCCAGGUGUGUUGCUAUUGUUUUUAAAAGGAAAGAAAAUGCACAUCGAUCUGUCCAAAUUGACAGCAGUGAAACCGUUCAAAGUGAUGCUAAUGAUGCGCAUUCGAACAAAACCAACGCGCAUUGUGAUUUCAAAAGAGAUUUGUUUAGGCUUACCAUUACUGGUGAAAAAACACACUGUGAUAUUCAGAAGAGAUACGAUGACUUUGAUGCAAAAGGUGUUUUUGAUGAAUUUAAACUACGAAAUAAGACCUGUUACUGGAACCCUGCCCUAGUGGACAGUGUCAAUUCCCUGGAAUAUGUUGGGUUCAUUGAGCCACUGACCAUACUGGUUAAAGGUGAUGAUGUCCACCUGGAGAAUGUCCGCACAGCGUGGGGCCGCAGAGUCCUGAAAGACCCAACUGGCUUCACCAUUGACAGGAUAGGUGAUGUGAAUGGCAUAGAGAUGCAGGUGAUACCGCAGACCCAGUUCAUCCCCCUGCCAGAGGCGCUAUGCCUUAUCAUCAUGGACCUCAACAAUGGCCAGAUCGUGGCCACACUCGACACAGUGUGUGAGCGCCUCAAGCACUGUUACCAGGGGAUUCAUCUCCCUAGCAACCAGCUUGUGUAUGAAACCCUCGGCCAGCUCAUCCGGGAACGGAAAGUCUUCCAUACAGGCUGUGGUUACUUUGUGGUAACCCCGGAUACAUUUCGCAUGCAUGGAGAUGACUUGCAGACCAGUGGCCUCAUGUCUCCCUGGACCCAUCUUCAUCCCAUGUACAUACCAGCCAUAUUCAGUCAGCGGUCUCGCCAACCAAUGAGAUCUAUUUUGUGCCAGGUGGAAACCGAGGAGAAUAUGAUUGGUCAGGGGAACUUGUACGACUGGAAAGACAAGCGGUAUUCUGUCAGCAACGAUAGAUUGCAGAUUGAUAAGCCAGUGCCACGCAUGCAGCGCAGUAUGAGUCUCAGUGUGAAGAGAUCACGUGACAGAGGACGCAAGGAAGACGAUUCUGAAAGCGGCUCCUUAAAACGAGGCUCAUCAGCCAACAGCAGAAAUGAGAACAAGGGCAAGGAAAAUAAAAAAGCUGAAAAAUCCAAAGAAAAAUUCUCUUUUUUCUCCAAAUUGUUUGGAAGAAAUAAAAAAAAGCAGUCAGACAAAGCUGCGGAGAGCAAAAAGCCUGUGGUGGAAUACGCCACAUUUUCUGCGCAGUUUCCGCCUCCAGAGUGGCUGUGGUACCAGCAGCAGGUGGAUCGACAGAUCCGCACCCAGACCUGGGUACAGCAGCAGUUGGCAAAGGCUGGUACUCUGUCCUAUCUGCAGCGGGUGUCCACAGACAGCGGAACCAGCAGUGUCAUGCUGGGUCCCAGCUCCAUGCCAGAGAAGGUGGGUGGGGAAGGGAAAAUUACAAUGGGCCAUGGUGGUAAACAUGUUGAAGUGGAGAUGGCAAACAAGAAGACAAAACAGAAAUCUAAAAAAAAUAGAAUGCCAGUGGUCAUUGCAAAUCAACCAGGAGAUACUACCUAUAUUGAUGAUGAUCAAACAAAUACUUUUAGAAACAGCUGUGGUCAAAAACAAAUAAAACUGAGCUCUCUUCCAACAAGGUUGAUGUCACCAUCUCGAGAACUAUUGCAUUCUGAAUAUGUUAGUCACCCUGCAUUCAGUUCAACACCACGUUUCAGCUCUAUUCACGAACAGCAAGAAAUGAAGGAUGACACAUUUGUGCCUAAACCGGAGAUCAAAAGUGUGAAAGAUGAGCAUGAUAAAGGCAACAAAUCAAAAUCAGGUAGAAAAGCACGCAAAUCUAGGAACAAAUCUCGAGCUGAGAGACAUUCAAGCUACUUUCCAAGCAGGCAUGUUAGCGGAAUGAGUCAGCCUCUUUCUCCCCAUGGUAGAUCCACAGACAAUGACAUCAGUUUUGAAUAUCAAGGCCAGUUGAAGAAUAAACACAGGGCAAUGGGUUUAUCUCAGAGUAGCGGUGUUAACUGCGUGGGCCUUACCAAAGCUACUCACGUGCAGAGUGUUCAGCAUACCUGGGAAAUUGAGGAAAAAAUACACUCUGACAGAUAUGCAAGGUCUAACUCUUACCGUCACCCGGUUGCUGAUAAGAGAGUGGAUAUGUCAGCAUUGAGAACAGGUUCCUAUAGACACAUGCCAAACAGUGCUGUGCCAAGUAGACCAGGUACGCUUAGUUUAGGUCAGGGUCAAGGCUUAGGUCAAGGCCAAAGUUUGGGUCAAGGUCACAUAUAUGCAAAUGUACACAUUUCUGAAGAACGAAAGCCCAGUUUGCCUGAAAGAAAGCACAGAAGUCACAUGCAAGACAUUGUGAAUGAACAAGUAAUGAGUAGAAUGGAUAGACCAUUCUCUCCAGUGGCUUCUACAGAUUCUCAUUCAGACCGUCAAGAGAUGGACAGGCGCUCAGAACAUGGCAGUGAAAGAGAAACCUUGACCUCUAAUUCGAGUCAGGGUCAAAGUUCACAUGAUAGUGCAAUAGAAGGAACUGGAAGUGAGCAAAGUCUUGGAACUGUGAUAAACAAACGGUCGCAAUCCCAACAAGAGAUGAACGCGAAAGACAUGUUUCUUGGUGACAGUGGAUUUAGUUCUCCAAGAGUCCAAGAAAAUACUGGAGAGAGUAAACAAACUGAUUGUGAAGCGAGGGACAAGCGUGAUUUUAUGUGCAAUAACCUAAAAGAAGGAGUAUCUAGGAAUAACUCCCCUGUAAAUGGAAAGGGGGAGGACUUUUCUGAUGAUUCUUUCGAUAGAAUUUCCUCUGAUAAAUUGUAUGAAAAUGUGUGUCUCAGUCAUAGGGAAAUGUUGAACAACAUGAAAUACUUGCAUAAGGAUAUUAAUGUCUCUUCUCAGAACUUAAAUGUGCCAAAUGUUUCACUGGAGACCAGUGGAAGCUCCCGGGAGUAUGACCCCAAGCAAGAAAUCAUGAAGAAAUUUAAUUUGGAGGGGGAUUUUCAUAUAGUUGGGGUAGUGUGAAAGGUGUAAGUGUUACCAGGCCUUGGCUAAAGCCUAUUCAUGACCUGGGAAAUAGUGACGCUACAAUCAGAUGGAACAUAUUCAUGACCUGGGGAAUAGUGACGCUUCAAUCAGAUAGAAACUAUUCAUGACCUUGGGAAUAGUGACGCUUCAAUCAGAAUGUCUAAUAGGGCCACAUGACCUUCAAUCAGAAAUGUUAGAAAUAGGAAGUUUUAUAAAAGCAUUUAGAAUACCAUGCAUGUUGUAAAAAUGGAAUGUGUAUAUAAGGACAUAAAAUGGUGCUAUUUCUGUUAUAAACAUUUACUGCUUGUGUUAAUAUAUACAUUAAAUACCUUUUUAUUUCGAUUUUCGGAAAAGGUUUUUAUAUUACUUUUGUACAAGUAUUUGAAGGGUGUUGUCGAAAAAACACACUUUAUGCAAAUUUGCAUUUGUAAAGUGUAAUCCUUGACAUGUUAUUUCUUAGAAGAUGCAAAUAGUGAAGUGUUCCCAAACAAGCCUCUUUUUUUCAAACAGCUUUCUUAGCUGAAGUACCGUAUGUAGCAAAACAGAUCCAAUUGAAAUUCUCAAUUACUAAUUGAGUUAUUGUAAUCAAACGUGUGACAUUAUUCCUUGUAUUUUAUAAAUAAGAUAUCUCCCAAGUUACAUAUAGCUAAGAUGACUUACCUACUAUACACAAAGUUUGGCUUAGAAAACCCCCAAGAAAAAAACUGACAAAAACGGAAAAAGUCGAAGAGUUACCUCCAUUGGCUCUUUUUAAUUUUUAAUAAAGAUGAUCUUAAUAAUUGAAUGUGUUUAUUUAUUUUAUUACAUUUUAUAAAUAUUUGCUAGAAAAUAAAGUAUUAUUUUUUUAAAUCAUUUUUUAAAAACCCUUUGUUAGAAUUAAAUUUUAAACUUGUUUUAUAAGAUGAAGCAUAAGAUGUUGUUUUUUAUGCUCCGCUUCAAACACAUAGUAGAGUUUUGAGACAAAAGUGUAAUGUGCCAUAUAGACACAUGUCUUGUUUUAUAGUAUUUUAUUAAGUCGACUCAUGCACUUGUGAUUAUUGUGCUUGAUUGAAUUUGACACACCCUUUUCUCACGAUGACUGUUAAACAGUGUAUAUAUUUCAGUUAUAUAUUUAUUUUGUUAUUUUGAUGUUGUGUUUGCAAAGACAGCUUUCAACUAGUUUUAUCUAUAUCUGGAUCACAAUCUUCACAAAGGUAUAGUUAUAGUUAUGUAAAUAGACAAGGUAGUUCUACUGCAGGGGUGUUGUGAUUACGAUAUUAUGUUUGUUAAGUGCAUAGAAUAAAAUUACUUAUAUAAAUUUC